CACCUAGCGAAAUUCCAGCACUAACAUUGGCAAAAAUAAUCUGGAAGCAAGUUUUGGAAAAGCAUGGUUAUCAAUACAAUGAAAUUCGAAGGAUAAUUAAAUAUCCAUUCAACUUAGUGAUAGAAUCUGCGAACAAUGGAAAUUUUGAUCUCUUGGAAGUACUUAUAAGCAUGUGUCCUGAACUGAUUUGGGAAAGGGAUGAUAAAAAUAAUACCAUAUUUCACAUUGCAAUUUUGAACCGUCAUGUCAAAAUCUUUAGACUAAUACACGAAGUUGGUGUGUUGAAAAGUGUAAUACGAAUUGAAGCAGGCAACAAUUCCAACAACAUAUUACACCUUGUUGCGAGAAAGCCACAACAAGGUAAACUUGAUUCUAUUAUAGGAGCAGCAUUGCAAAUGCGACAUGAACUCUUGUGGUAUAAGGAGGUGGAGAAGAUUGUAGCACCUUCACUAAGGAACAAAAAGAAUGAUGAAAAUCAAACACCAAAUGAUAUUUUCACUAAAGAUCAUGAGCAAAUGAUGAGUGAUGCUGAAAAAUGGAUGAAGAAAAACUCCAACACAUGCCUAAUCGUUGCGACAAUCAUUGUGACAGUGGCAUUUCCAGCAGCUUUUGAGAUCCUAGAUCAAGGAGACAAAGAUAAACAUAAUGUCAGUUCUGUAAGCCAACUUCCUUCACCAAGGGACAUUAUCUCUAUCAUUCUUUUAAUCUCAAAUGCCGUUGCCAUGUCCUUUUCUUCAAUAGCUAUAAUGCUUUUCUUGUCCAUCAUGAUAUCACGUUUCACUUAAAAUGAGUUUCUUUGGACCUUGCCAUGCACCUUUAUAACUGGACUCUCUCUACUUUUUGUCUCAGUCACUGCCAUGAUGGUAUCCUUUUGCUUUGCCUCCUUUAUACCCAAUGAAUCACUAAGGAUACCCAUUUUCUCCUCUUGUAUUGAGCUUCUACCAAUCAUUUUGUUUUUCUAUCUUGUGUAUCCUGUCUUUCGUGACACAAUACAUUCCACAUUCUUCUCUCAGAAUGAGUUCAAGGCAACAAAUCGCUUACUUAAGCAUUAUGAAAAGUAACAAUAUUUAAAAGAAACUGUAAGUUAUUUAUGAUUUGCCUGGCUAAACAUAAAUGUAAUUGUCCUAAACCAUCAUCUAGAACUUAAUGAUGGUUUAUCUUUAAUGAAUUUUGU